AUGUCUGCCGAUGACAUUAACGUGAUGGAAAGUGGCUACCCUGUUGGUACCGCAGCCGAACGCACACUCUCGCGGCUUGUGAUGCCGUCUAAGGCUCGUGUCAAGGAACGAACAAACCGCGCGGCCUCGGUCUCAGUUGCACUGGUCGCCGACCUGCACGAAGAAGCCGCCGAGCGCCGACGCCGUGAAGGUGACGUUGAUGUCCUCCUCAACCCCGGCGUCGUUGGCGACCUCGAACUCGAAGCUCAGGCUCUCAGCGCACUGGAAGCUGUUGAUGACCUGCAGGGUAUCGCGGACCACGACGUCGUCCUCGACCUGCAGCGGGCCGAAGGAGCCGACGAGGCUCCCCGGGGCGUCGCCCCCGAGGGCGCGGACGUCGAGGCGCGCGAGGGCGCCGCCGCCCUGGUCGAUGGGGAAGCCGCGGGCAAAGGCGCCGACGAGCUGGCAGGGCCCCGCGGCGGAGGGGCCGACAGGGAAGGUGAGGACCUUUGUGACGACGGUGCCGGAGGUCAGGUCCGCGACACCGAAGUUGAGGUCCGAGGCCGGGACGAUGCGGCAGCCCGGGUGGGCAGCGGCGCCUGCUUGGCGGCGGGCGGUGGGGUUUGUGCGCGCCGAGACGGAGGCAGCGCCGGCGAGGGCAGCAAGGAGAAUGUUUGCGAACUGCAUUUUUGUGGUGGUGGUGGUGGUUGUGAUCGAAAGUGUUUGUGA